CGUCUCUGUGGUCGCCGGGGCCCCGCCCCUCCCUGGCAAGUAGUGUGCUCUUCGUACUCUGCCCGGAGCUGACCCGGGAGAAACCGUUCUUAAGAAUCGGUCGGAUCCCGGGUCAUGGCGGUCCCGGGGCCCGCGCCCGGGAAUGGCGCUAGGCCCAAGUUAGAUCUGCAAUUUCUCCAGCGGUUCCUGCAGAUACAGAAGGUUUUGUUUCCUUCUUGGUCAUCACAGAAUGCCUUGAUGUUCCUGACCCUUUUGUGUCUGGCCCUCUUGGAACAACUCGUGAUCUACCAGGUUGGCUUGAUCCCCAGUCAGUACUACGGGGUCCUGGGAAACAAAGACUUGGAUGGAUUUAAGACCUUGACCUUCCUGGCUGUCACGCUCAUCGUUCUCAACUCCAUGCUGAAGAGCUUUGACCAGUUCACCUGUAACCUGUUGUACGUAAGCUGGAGGAAGGACCUCACCAAGCACCUCCACCGCCUCUACUUCCGGGGCCGCGUGUACUACACUGUCAACGUGCUGCGGGAUGACAUCGAUAACCCGGACCAGCGCAUCAGCCAGGACGUGGAGCGGUUCUGCCGACAGCUCAGCAGCAUGGCCAGCCAGCUGAUCAUCUCCCCCUUCACCCUCGUCUAUUACACCUAUCAGUGCUUCCAAAGCACAGGCUGGCUCGGACCCGUGAGCAUCUUCGGGUAUUUCAUCUUUGGAACCGUGGUGAACAAAAUGUUGAUGGGGCCCAUUGUGGUGAAGCUGGUACAGCAAGAAAAGCUAGAGGGGGAUUUCAGGUUCAAGCACAUGCAGAUCCGGGUGAAUGCUGAGGCUGCUGCUUUUUUCAGAGCUGGACACGUGGAACACAUGAGGACAGACCGUAGGCUGCAGAGACUCCUUCAGACCCAGAGGGAGCUGAUGUCCAAGGAGCUCUGGCUGUACAUCGGUGUCAACAUGUUUGACUAUUUGGGCAGCAUCCUGAGUUAUGUCGUGAUAGCCAUCCCCAUUUUCGGUGGCAUCUAUGGAGACCUGAGCCCCACAGAGCUCAGCACUCUAGUCAGCAAGAACGCCUUUGUUUGCAUUUACCUCAUCAGCUGCUUCACCCGGCUCAUCGACCUCUCCACCACACUCUCAGAUGUGGCUGGUUACACACACAGGAUCGGGGAGCUUCAGGAUGCCCUGCUGGACAUGUCCCUGAAGUCACAGGACAGUGAGAUCCUGGACGACAGCGAAUGGGACUUGCACAGAGCCCCAGGCUGGCCAGCAGUAGAGCCAACAGACACAGCUUUCCUUCUGGAGCGGGUCUCCAUCUCUGCCCCCUCUUCUAACAAAACUUUAAUCAAGGAUCUGAGCCUGAAGAUCUCCCAGGGGCAGAGCCUGCUCAUCACGGGCAACACGGGCACCGGCAAGACCUCCUUGCUCCGGGUUCUGGGCGGCCUCUGGACGAGCACACAGGGCUCAGUGCAGAUGCUGACAGACUUUGGACCCCAUGGAGUGCUGUUUCUGCCACAAAAGCCAUUCUUCACUGAUGGGACCCUUCGGGAGCAGGUUAUAUAUCCCCUGAAGGAGAUCUACCCGGACUCAGGUUCUACCGAUGAUGAGAGGAUCAUGAGGUUCUUGAAGUUGGCAGGCCUGUCCAACUUGGUGGCAAGGACAGAGGGUCUGGACCAGCAGGUCGAUUGGAACUGGUAUGAUGUUCUGUCCCCAGGAGAAAUGCAGAGGUUGUCCUUUGCCCGGCUUUUCUACCUGCAGCCAAAGUAUGCAGUGCUUGAUGAAGCCACCAGUGCCCUGACCGAGGAGGUGGAGAGUGAGCUCUACCGCAUUGGCCAGCAGCUGGGCAUGACGUUCAUCAGCGUGGGACAUCGGCGCAGCCUCGAGAAGUUUCACUCCUGGGGUCUGAAACUCUGUGAAGAAGGAAGAUGGGAACUGACCAGAAUCAAAAUAGAAUGAAGCCAAGGAUGUGGCUGGCACGAGGAGAGCCAGGCUUCGGGCCAGUCAGCAGUCCCCAGAAGAGACCAGGACGACUGACAGGGCAACGAGUGAGCCCCACGUUCGCCUCACAGGUCCGGUGUGGAGUGCUGGCAGCAGUGGGCUCUCCCAGGUGUGGCCUUCAUGGGGCACUCAGCCCUGCCAGGCCUUCUGCUACCUCAGCCAGAGCUCCAUACACUCGAAGUGCUGAUUCCUUACAAAUUACCUCAGAUCUUGUUUGCUAAUGAGAAACCUAAAAGUGUAGGCUCCAUAAGAAAUGAAGGGUCAGAGUAGAGAGAAUUGGACUUGGAGUCAAGAGAUCCAGAGAUCUUUUAAAUUUGUUAAAUUUUGCAACAAUAGAUUUUUAACUGAGUCAACUAUUUAAAUUUUAUAACUUUUUUUUUUUAAAGAUAAACAUUAAAAAAAAAUUUGCAGCUUUCCCCCUUUCUCUUUCUUCUCCAUUAUAAGAUCAUCUUAGUAACUGAAUUUCCAGACUUGUAUUUGAGAGCCUGGAGGGAAGGGAACAGCACUUUGCACCGUACUGGAAUGUUCUGUCCCUGGUUUUUCACUUUACUCCACGUCACUCCUUUUCCAUUUGCCAGUUGUAUCCAAGCCACUAACCUCUAGAGCCCUUCUGUUUUUCUUGUCUUAACUCAGAUGAAAAUAAAUCCCUUUCCUCCUCAGCUAAAAUAAAGUUGAGAUUUUUCAAAAAUAAUAUAUAUUAGAGAACAACAACCAGUUGAACAGAUAAACCCCAGGAAUCGUAAAAGCAUGAGAUAGAAAGUUUUUGAGCUCAAAGUCCGUAUUCUAGAACAAUAUUCCCCAAAGUUCAGUUACCAGCAUAUCACCUUCAUGAUUUUUGCCAGAUCUGUGUAUAUCUUGUACUGUUAACUACUUAAUAUUUUUUUAAGUUGACUCACUUUUUAAAUUUAAUGCAUUUAAAAAAGAAUAUUUAUAUUCGAUAUAAGUAGAAAGUAACUCUAAAAAUGAAUCAAUAAAAACCAAACAGUGUUUUAAAAUUGCAGCUCAAUACUAUGGCCUGCAGAGACAGCCCGAGGCUCACUCACUGUACACAGGGAGGUUAAGGGGUAUUACAGGAGUCGGAUGUACUAACAACCAACUGAGAUUUUUCUCCUUCAUAAAAUGAGAAAGUUGGAAUGGGAACUACAAGGGAAAUAAAUUUCUCACUAAAAGA